AGUUGAUAUUGUCUUUAAGAGCUAUAUAAAAGGGAACGUGGACAUUUAAUAUCAAUUUUCUGAAAACGAAGAAGACAUAUGUUGCAUCAGGUAAAACUUGAUUAAUUGUUUGAUAGUCAAGUUAUAAUUUGCGUUAUUUCAUAAAAUAAAAUAAAAUUGCUUGGUUUAAAGCACUUGUAUAAUGAAAUGUGGGAAGUAGUGUAUUAAUUUUUUGGGAGAAUGAACCGGGGACAUUUUUUGGAUAGUAAUAUAAUUGUUCUAAUUUGGAUAAUGUUGGGUAUUUGAAUUCUCGAAAACGUUACGAUGUGCGCCUUGUGUACCGAUCGGGACGAAUUCGACCAGUGCCUGGUAUGGUUUUAUUGUAAUCGAUGAACAACGAUGAAUAAUCCGGAUGAUAACUAUGAAGCCAGUCCUUUUGAGGGUGUUCGAUAGUAAACUAUAUUCACGAUCAGUGUGUUAUAGUUACUACCUGUAUGGCUGCAUGUUGACGACCUUGUACAGAUCGUAAACAAUAUUAUAUUACGAUCCAAUCUCGUCUCGUAAUAUGAGGAAGGUACGCUUAAUUCAUUUUGUGCAUGCUUCCACUAAAAUGUAACCCAAAACUUGUAACCCAACGAUAAUGCUACAAGUAUAUGCAAAUGCACAAAUGUAUGAUGUGCUCAGCAAUUCCGCCUGUCUUCGUGUCACAUUUUUUUGGCAAGUAAGAGCGGAUUUCUUUUAAAUACGGUAUAAAUUUUUCUCCCACCAUCAAACGUCUUGGGAUCAUAUUUUAAAAUCUUUUUCUUUGGUUUUCGGAUUUUUGACAAAAUUCCAUCAAAACCUUUCCAAAACAAAGUUUUCCGCCUUCUAUUUUCAAAAACCAUGCACCCUUAUACGUGAUAUGGUUCACGUUUGAGAAGCAAAACAGAUUUCUGUAAUUGCAAUGGUCCAUGCAUGGUUGAGUGUACACUAAAAUGGAUUGGCCAUUCUUUUUGUUAUAUGGUAUGAAUAUUGGCGGCAAACUAAUCUUUAUUUAAUUGUAAAUACUUUUAGAAAAUAACACAAAAUGAAAAUCCUUCCAAUAUUUCUCGUCAUUCUUCCGAUAUAUUUUGAAGGUAUGUAUAUGAUAAUUUAAAUUUCCUACCCGAGAUAUACUGACAACUAUGAUAUAUUUAACCAUUAUUCGCCGAAGGCGAAGUGAUUACUUGUGAAUAUUCACCGAGACGAAAUCGAGGUAAAUUUUCAUCGUAAUCACUGAGCCUGAGGCGAAUAAUUGUUUUAGUAUAAAUUUUUAAUGAAUAAAACAAAAUAUCCAAGUUAUCCAACCAUUAGUUUAAUUAAAAUGCAGAAAUAAAUCUGUUUUCGGCCGGUUUACAGUUACUGCAUGUUUUAGUGUCGCACUGUUUCUUGUACAUGCACGCUUUCAAAAUGGCUUCCUGUGUAACUUUAUUGCUUUAUUACAAAUUUGUUUUUCUAGAUUUCUGCUUAGAAAAUAAACACAAUGAUGGAAUGACUUUUUCACCAGAAUUAAAAAAUAGUUCCUGUUUAGCAUUAAUUUGUUCAGGAAAUGGCUGAGAAAUUUGGUAAAAUGAAAUGUAAAACCAUAUCGUUUGAAAUAUGAAAGUUUUAAAUUAAUACACUUUUCACUUUACAAGUUUCAAAAAACACAAUUAUUAUAGUACAACACAGCGUCAAGACACCAUACAGCUCAAUGAAAACACGAAAUAUCAAAAGAAACAGUAUCGUACAAAUUGAGACAUUUAUAGGAUGCAAAACAAAAUGGUUUUAAAAAGAAUAUCACGGUUUUUCCCAACAGUCGGGACAGUUUUUGCUAUUUGUUUAAAGCAAACGUUUCGGAGUUUUAUAUAAGUUUUGAAUGUUUGACACAGUAAAAUAAUAGAAAUCCUACCUUUCAAGUUAAAUACAAUAUUUUGUGCUUUUUCGUUUUUUGGGACGAUUUUUCAAUAUUUUUGUCGAUUUUGAAACCAAAUUUGCUGAAUAAUUCUUUUUGAAAAGCAUUAUUUACUAGUCUGCUAGUAAAUAAUGCGUCAGAUUUACUAGUCAACUAGCCAAUCAGAACGCGCGAAAGCUCAUUUGAUAUGCAAAAUUUAUACUAAAAUGAAAUGUUAAUUGUUUUAGAACGUUCGACAUCCAGUUCGAUAUUACUAAUGGUACAUUAUAAAUGGUCUAGAUGGGUUCUGUAGAUGAAACUUUCUAGACGUAAUUUUCAACUCUUUUAUACACCUAAUCAGGAACAGUUGUGGUAAGGCUUUUCCUAUGCACAAACACUCUGACAGAAGUUGAACUGGCGGGCUUACGAUUCCGGUGCAGUUCUCUUGAGAAAGCAGAACUACAGAGUGAAAUUACUGAGCAUUGGUUCAUGCAGAAAGUACUUGUAUAGGAAUUGAAGCUGCGAAUAAUUUAUGCGCUAGAGCGGAAUGCCAGCUCAGGGGGUGCUUAAGAAGUACAAGAACGAAGUGAGAUCUGGAAAUAAAUUUCUUUUUGCGCUCUCCCACAAUUAUUCGAAGCACCAAAUGCAUAAGCAACUUUAGUUGUGGGAAACAAAGCAGUGCUGUCGCAAUGGACUUUUAAAGGGAUUUCCUUACUGCGGCCGGGUAUAUAUAGCCUAUAACCCAAUCCUCGGUGCUUGUGAACAGACAGAUGUGGUAUGAGGGAUAUAGGAGAACCGGAAAAACCCAGGGCAGCGGGGCAGAAUCUCGAAAUCUCACCUGUUCUUGCCAAACAUGCCUAAAAAUAAAUUUAAAUCAGCAUUACUCAGAAGAAGAAAUGUGCAGAGAGGCUGAAAACGUUUGUCAUAAUAACGAUUUUUAAUAAUUAUAAUAACAAAAUAAAAUAAUUUAAUAGUAAAUUGCUUGCGUCAUUCGCGUGCGCGUGUAUAUAAUAGCAACUGCUAUAUUGAUGCAGUUUUCCUAUGAACUUCUAGAUUUAUUGAUAUUUUCAGAAGAGACUGCACUCACUCUGUCUGUUGUUCAUUUACUAUUAUAAAGGCUUUCGCUUUAUUUUUUAUCAGUGAAAAUGAAGCAAUCUGAUUGGCUGAGGAGCCUUUCAGAGCGGGCCGGUUUUUAAUUUUUGCUCCUGCCUGCUCUGAAGCGCAACUGCUCGCUGUGAAAUGCAAAUGCCCGCUCUGGUUUUCGCGACAAAAAAUGAGGAGUGAAAUAAUCUUUAAACGAAAAAAAUCUGCCCAAAACGUUUGAAAAACAUAACCUAACGAUAGUCAGAAUACGAAAAUGAAUUGCAUCAAGCCCUGAAGACUCCAUUUUAAGCACGAUGUACACCAGUAUUGACAAUAUUUUUAGAAAAAUGCGACUGAAAGUCGGAAAGUUAUUUAACAUGUAUUAAAAACUUACGUCGAGAAAAUUAUAAUGCUCAUGUAUUCGGUCACUUAAAAGCGAAAAAAUUACAGAUUAACAGAUAUUGUAAAAUAAAUGUUUUCCCAUUUAUAAGAAGUUUUAACUGCAGCAGUGAAAACAAGUUACGAAUAUAUUCUCUACUCAUUUUUGUCAUGCAUUUUAAACUGAUAUAAAUAUUGUAAACAAAGUAAAAGUUUGUGUUUAAAAAUACUUUUUUCAGGCACAUUAUCGCGCAACGACGAGAAAAAAUACAAAAAUAUAAAAAUAACAUACCUUUUUCUUGAUUAAAUCAAAACAGAUUCAUUUUUAUCGGAUCGGAACAUGAACCUGUCGUUGUUAGGAGCAAUUGAUUUUGUCAAAUCCAAAGCGCCAGCCAUUCUCUGCAUAUUCAUGAAAAAACAUAUACAUUUUUAAUGAAACCAUACGUCUUUUUGUGUGUUUCUUGCCAGUUUUCUCGAGUUUUCGUAUUCCUGUUUAUAUCUUUCAACUUUUUAAUUUUUGUCAGCCUCGCUUUGAAAAUUCACAACUGCACUGACCCCAAAUUAGUUCGCAAGCAACACUGGAAUUUAAAUGAAUUUAAUUUUUACAUCUGAUACAAGAUAAACACGUUAUUUACCGGCAGCGUCGGUCCGGAUGAGAAAUACUGUGCCCUCGGUCGUUUUCAAGACCUCGGGCGCAGUAUUUCUCAUCCGGACCUCGCAGCCGGUAAAUAACAUAUGCAUGCAUGAUCACGCUCCGAGCUUUUCCAAUGCUUGAUUUCUCGAAACUUUUAUCUGAUGAUUUCUUCCGAACCUGUUUACAUAAUCUUUUCUUCGUCAAUCGUCCACCAAGAGGACCAACGACGAACGACAACGAUUAGCUCGAGCUGAUUCCUCACCGUUACGCAUCUCAUGCACUCUCAAACUUGUAAAAUUUAAAUUUAGGGUUUGAUUUCCGAAUUCAUAGACUGUAUAAAUUUUAUCUCAGGUUGAUAGAAGGAAUUAAUUAUUACCUUUUGUAAAGGCAUCAGCUCUUUAAAUAUACGUGCGCCGCCGCUUUCCCUCGUAAACAUACCCGUAGGAUAGCAGAGGUUUCCCCCAAUGUCCCAGUGGUUCCGCUGCCCCUUGGAAGGUUAUUAUGUAACUGUACGUAAAAAUAUAAUCCAUGUGCGAUGCUUGUGAUGUUACUCUGAGUGUAUAUCCAUACCGGGCAGGCUUGAAAAAAUAUGCCUGGCCACGGUGGAAAUCGAACCUACGACCUUUGGAAUACUAGCCCAAUGCUCUGCCAAAUGAGCUACGCGGUCAAGUCACACGGUCAUGUCAUGCGACCUGACCGCGUAGCUCAGUUGGCAGAGCAUUGGGCUAUAUAUUCCGAAGGUCGUAGGUUCGAUUCCCACCGUGGCCAGGCAUAUUUUUUACGCCUGCCUGGUGUGGAUAUACACUCAGAGUAACAUCACAAGCAUCUUAUUCACCUGAGUACACCACACCAAAACAGAAAAUAUCAUAAUCCAUGUAAGUUAGAUGCAUACACUUUCUUACCAUGGCUACAUCUGAUAAAACUGUUAAUCUUCCGUACAGGAUCGGACGCAACAUGCGGCUGCGAAUAUGAAUACAAGAAAGUUGGAUGUUAUGAAGACAGAGAUGUUGAUAGGGCACUACCUGAGAUGUUGGCGAAUGAGAGGGACAAACACAGUAUAUAUUACAAUGGCCACGACCUCAAUUGGUUUGACUGGCAUAAUUAUAUGCCUCAGAUGGUUUGUCGUUGUGCGGAACAGGCUAUGAAGAAAGGAUAUAAAUAUUUCGGUCUUCAGUACUGGGGUAAGUAAGAAAUUAAAACCAAGAAAAGUAUAGUUCGAUAUUCAUAUGUGGCUCAGCCGUUGUUCUGAGAAAAAUAAAACUCGCAGGCAACGAGAUAGGAAUUUUAUAUUAUUUUCUUCUUCAUGCAUGGGUAAUUAGUAAAAAUUAAGUCUCAUACAGGCAUGGUAUACACUGCAUGUCCAAACUGUUCCCAUAAUAUUGUAGGCGAUUCCUAUACAGAUUGCAUUUAAAUUGGAAGCGAAUAUUACUUUGAACUUCUAUCACGCUCUUUUCUGUGCUGGAUCAGGAGAAUUUCCUUUUUUGCUAAAGCUUUAGCUAUACCUAGAUUGAAAAAUCACUGAGUGAAAUAAAAUGAUUUAUCUCCCCAAGCCAGUAUGUUAUAGAUAUUAACCUUUGACAUUUGUGUGGGGUUUACCUGCAAACAUCAAUAAACAUUAAUAUUGCUCGGAGACGUUUUGUUGCAUGUUGUUAUUUUAAAAAUACUGUGCAGCAAGUUAUUGCAACUUUUUACUCACGGGAUGCUUCUUGGGGAAGUUAAUGAAGAGAAUUUGCAACCUCGCUCCCAGGACUUCAGCGUGAGGACGAGGGGAGUGACGAGGAAGCCGGUCAUGUGUCUACCCAAAAAAUGGCGGUAUUUGACAGCUACUCGUCAAGGAGUGGCGAGAUAUUCUUAAAUGAAAUAUAGAAGUCUUCGAAACAAAUAAAUAGCGAAAAGACUUCUCAAUCGAUAUUAUUUAUGUGUAGAGCGAAGUUUGGCACGAAUCAGCUGAAAUUUAUGAAGACCCAAUCUAUGUUUUCUGAUAUUUCUGGAGAUUUUCAACUACAGGCAAAGCUGCAUCAAAUCUGCAUCUAGGCGUCUCCGUGAAUUAAUUCACACGAAAUUUGCUUUCUCUCGUCUUGAACAAUAUGGCUAUUGCCACAAUUAAUAGUUAGUUUAAAUAUGCUCUUAUAGAUCUGACUUAGUUCAAUAUAAAUAAACACAAAGCUAAAACCUCCCAUAACCUGUUUACGCUGCACAGGAAUAUACGGAUUCGCUUGUUUCGCCGGACACCAACACUUGCCGUUCAGGAGCAAUACUUGCCUACAAAUUUUAUCCCCUUCACAAUCUUUGUUUUAUUUUACCGGGUAUAGUCGCAAUUUUUAAGUAUACGGCCAUACGGGAUAUUCUGAAACUGUAAAACUCGGUGGCGUGACGAAUCUUGUAGGGACUACAUCGGCCUAGCCUUAGAGCUAUUAAGUAAACAGGGCCUAAAUUAAUUUAGUAGUUUCAUUUAAUUGUUUGUCUUGCUUUUAUUUGUCAGUACAGAAUAUUGUAAAUUAAAAUAUUACUAUAAUGCCAUAAGCGUAGUAUUUCAUCAGACAUCUGCACUACAUUAUAAAUACUGUACAAGGAAAACUACAGCUUAAAUAAUAGUAGACGUUUCUUGUUUUGUCAGGAAACAUCACAGCUCACUUCCACACGGCUUUGAGUUUUGUAAGCGGCCGAGGCGAAAGUAAAUCAUGUAGUCGGGAAAAUGUCUUACUUUGAAAUAUUAUUUUUGGAAACAUUCUCGUACACACAAGAAUCAUAAAAAUACAAAUGUUGAAUUGUUAUUGUCAACUGGCAAGUUCAGUUAUUUUUAGACAAUAUGGUGUUAGCCAAUCAGAAUGCAAAAUUGACCGGCCCAGACCAGGGCUUCCUCGUCUGUCCCCUCGUUCUCGCACUGAAGUCCUGGGAACGAGGUUGGAGAAUUUGUUGAUUGUCGUCUCUAAUGAAUUCACGUUUAAAAUUCCUAGACUACAGGUUUCAACCGACCGGAAUGUGAAAUGAUAUUCGUCUUUUCGCGCAACGAGGUUGGUUCCGCAUAUACGACCAGCUGUCAGAGCUUAGGGUUGCUAUCACUGUCACCUUUUCUCCUUACAACUGAUAAAUGUGGAAUUUGAAGUUUUAUUACUUCCCUUCAUUAAUUUUACGUUGCUUUCGCAUAAUAAUUACACAAGAGUUAUAGUACUGGGAGUAGUUUAAAGGACUAAAUUAGUAUCACAUCUGGAAUUCGCGGGCUCAAACUCCUGCUGGCGGCCAUUUUUCGGGACGAAUAGAUUAUAGAUGAUCUGGAAAGUUUUAACAAUCCGUCAUAUAUUUAAACCAAACUGUUAUAAUCCUUGCUCUUUUUGUGUUAGUUUCAUCAGAAAUGUACCAAACAAGGUAUUUUUAUCGCUAUUUGUUGUAUUUGAGUAAAAUGUAAACAAUAAUAAAAGCCCGCAAUGCAUGACCCUGACACUAAUCCUUUAACGCAGACGAAUUAUAACUCAAGAAAUAGCUGUAGCUACUGAUUAAGGUCUCCGAAAACCGACAAGGGAAUUCCUAAAAAAAUGUUUUAAAUAUAGCGGGCAAAGCUUUGGAAUAACCUUUCUCGGUUAAAAACAAAUAUUAAUCUUUGAUUCUGUUACUAAUGUUAAUGUAUGCAUCGGUCACACCUGCUGCAUAUAAUUGUCAUGCACUCUUGUGAAUAGCUUUUCUUUGUUUCUACGUAUUUUCUUGUAAAUACUUUGUAUAUAAAUUGACGACGCGCCCACAUGAAAGCCAAUCAUGAAUGAAGUAUUUAAGUUCAACCAGAAUCCUCAAAUGUUGAAUAAGUCAACCAUCAAUGGCACUAUAAUUUUUUUUUAAAAUUUCAGGUGAAUGUUGGUCUGGCUCGUCGCAAGCGCAAUACAAUAAAUAUGGAGAAGGUGGUUCUUGUUAUGGGCCAGAAUACAAGAUGUGUGAUUCACGGGAUAGCAACUGCGUUGGGGAUCAUCUUCACAACUUUGUGUAUGAAAUUGGUAAGUUCUAAAUUCAUCCAAAACUAAAUCUAAACCAGUUGUUUCGUCAGAGAUUGUCUAUACUGCAAGUUGCCAGUUUCGAGUUGCAAGUUUCGAGUUGCAAGUUGCGAGUUGCAAGUUGCGAGUUGCAAGUUGCGAGUAUAUUGUUAGUUUUUAAUAAUAUCAGGCUUAAUUUUAAUCCUGCAGGGAACAGUAACCUAGCUUUGAACAACCGACCCAGGUAUCUACACCUGUGGUUUACACUAAUAUUGGAAACUGUAUGAUGGAUGGGUUUAUAGCUUUGUCUCAAUUUCUCCCCAAUUUCCCCCUUUUGAAAGAAAAUUUGGUUUAUUUAUGUAUUUCAGUUGAAAUAUUUUAACAGCAGUUGUACUAGCGUUAAAAAAUUACUUGAAUUUAGGGUUCCGAGUGUUCAGAAUAUUCAAUUUUUCCAAACGAAAAUGACUACAGUAUAUAAACAAACUGUGUCGGUGUCUGGUCAUACUUACUAAUAUAAAAUCAUUUUAAGAAUAGAAAGCACAAAAUGCUCUGGAUAACUACUUGAUUUAAAAACAGAAACGGCAAAUAUAUAAACAUUUACGUUGAUUUUGAAUAUAAUUAGAAAAUACUUGAACAUGCCGAUGGUUCUAAAGUCGGUUACAGCCGAGCAAGCUAGUUUUCUAUGACAAAUUUUUAUGUGACAAAUUUAAUUUAGUCGUGUGUAGUUGACCAACAUUAUUUCACUUCGUGGCAACCAUGUGGGAAGUAUACUUGGUUUCUGGUUUGCAUGUAUUUGAAACUCUGAGACAUACAGAUACAUUACUACCAAAAAAAGUACCGAAGCAAAAAACAAUUGCCCAAUACCGAGAAAAUUAAUAGGUGCACAAAUUGUAUUACAGCAAAAAAAUGGGAAAUUUUGUAUUCAAUUGCAAUAAAAAUUACUUGAAUUAUCAGAAAACGUACAAAAAACCGCAAAUAAAACUUUUAAAUUAAACAGUUUUUUGAUUCUUCAAAUGGUCUUUCAGUCAUUGCUGUUUUCAAUGUGAAAAUUGGACCGAAUGUCGCAAUGAGGACUGGGUAGCAGGUCAAGAACGCGUUUGAGAUAACAGCUGGGCGUUUUAUACGUAGCAUGCGCGAAGAGAAUCAAUAUGGCUACACAUUAUUAGGAGUGCUUCGUGGAUUUAUCUGGUUUUAAAGCUGAUAUAACAACAUUUCAAUGAACGAAAUUACAACAUCUAGCACAUUUUUCCCACGAAUAGCUCAGGUUUUAAUAAAACAAAGUAUGAUUUAACUUUCAUAAAAUAUAUUUCCUAACUAAAGGCAACGGCCACUUUUUACGAAAUUGCAACAGGAAUAUAUGUCAUUUUCAUCAAAAUAUGUAUUUUAAGACACUUAUUAUUCCAGAUGAGGAAGGACAAACAAAUUAUUGAACAUACCUAGACUGUGGAAACAACAACAACUCAGGUUCUAUCAAGAGUAAAAUAUGAACACUUCCUUGUUUCCAUACUUCUGUACCCUGCUUCGGAAACUCUGACAAUGAGUGAUACAUUUCCACUUGUCGCCAAUUUGUAAAUAAAAAUUCUUCGCACAUUUUCAUGCGAUUUAAGGCUGCAUUCCCGUUACGCGUUUUUCAUACGUGCGUAAACGCACGUAAAAGUUGAAUCCGCUUAAAAUUUCAUAUAAGUGCAAAUAACCUUAACAAAUACACAUUAAAUCAUACACAAAACUGAAUGCAGUCCUUUUUCUAAAUUUGGUUAUUUCAUAAGUACUGUAGGAUGUAAAGCGAAUUUAACUUUUACGUGCAUGUACGCACGUAUGAAAAACGCGUAACUGGACUGCAGCCUUAGUCGUUAUAUCGUUGCGUACAAGCACUACAACUUAAUCUUUCAAGAAACACUUUAUUUUCCAUGAACAAACCAGUAAAAGAGGACAAAAAAUCCUCUCGCAAUAUGUUGUGAACUCUUCGCAACACAAAGAACGGACAAUGUUCUAAGGAUUAUUUCGUACAAGUUUUAAUACUUUUUUAUGGUAUUAUUUGGCUGUCAAAAUAGUUUUUGUUCCCUUUUGUCCUUCAAUUUUCGAUCGUAUGACUAAAACAAACAAGACGUGACCAAAAUUAACCUAAUUAAAAAUCAAAUAAUUAGCAUGCAUUAUGCAGUUCUAUUAAAGUGUCAAAACAUUCCUCCCCAGUGCGGAAAACGUUAACAGCUCAACGUUUGAGCAACGAAAUUACUGUCUAUAUGCCUGUCUUUUCAGCGUUUUUUAACUGUGUCGUACUAAAGUUUCAUUCUGCUCGAGCUCUUGUCGGAUUGCAUUUAGGCAUAACUUCGCUAUGGGUCUUUCGUAGACUCCCUUCGACGUUCUAAUAUUUACUUUACGAACACGAUUAUCACCAGCAGGAAAUACUUCUUCCACCAACGCCAUUUUCCACUCACCUCUCUUGCGAUUCCCAUCGAUUUCUAAUACAAGAUCACCAACUCCGACAUUAUCUUUGUUCUCGUGCCACUUCGAUCCAAUUAACAAGUUUGGAGCGAAAUACCUCAUCCAACAUUGACAGAAUUGACAAACUCUCUUCUGAACACUUUUGCUGAGAUGCCUCGGGUGAGAUGCCUCGGGCUCCUUUUCUUCCCGUUGUGGAACACCAAAAUUUGGUCCUAUGAUCAGGUCGUUCGGGGCUGAUGGGAGGUUCUUCCCAAAUGUUGCUAGAUGCAGGGUAUAAGGGUCUGGAGUUCACCAGAAACGUUACUUCAGCUAAGUACGUUCUCCAUUGCUCUUCUGUGUAGGCUAUCAUUUUACAUGAACUCUCCAAUGCUCUUCGAACGGACUUUAUCAGCAAUUCCACGACUCCAUUCAUGUGACUAGCCUUAGGCACAUUCCAACACCAUUCGAAUGAAGUGCCAAAUUCUGAAACGCUGGAUUUAAUCUUCGAUAUGUCCCAGCUCUCCACCAUCUCCUGCAGGUAUUUUUAGGAACCAACAAAAUUCGUCCCACGGUCCGACCAAACUAACUUCGGAUGUCCUCUGAUACAUGAAAAUUAGACGGCCAGCCAGCCGAUCAAAAUAUGACUGUCGAUGGCAUUUUUUGUUACAAGCAAACAACAAGCGUUUUCUUAUAGCUUAGACACUGGUGAGUCACGUUUGAUAUGUUGCCACCUCUGAUUUUAAUGAACGAAGAGAAAAUUUUAAGGAUUUGAACAGUUUGCCUAUUAAAUUAUUAUACUCCCGAAAAAAUGUGAAAUUUGAAUUUCACUUAAAUUAGCAUCGUUUAUAUCGUUAGAAAGAGCAUAAAAAAGUACAUAUAAGACAUUUAAACGAGUAAUACGAUUUAUUUAGUCAAAUUCGAGUUAUGGACACUUAAAAAUAGGUAAAAUGCGGUGAAUGACGUCACAAAUCUGUUUUUUAGCAACUUUAAGCGCCCGUAACUGAAAACAGGGUUAUAAUUCACACUUCUCACUUAAAUGUUCUAUAUCUACUUUUUUCCGAACUUUCUGAUUAUAUAGGUGAUUUUUGCUGAAAGUUGGUUUCAAAUUUCAUAAUUUAGUGAGUAUAGUAAUUUUAAUAGACAAAAUUUUCAGAUUCUCAAAAUUUUUCACUUUAAACUCAAUAUCAGAGGUGGCAACCUAUCAAACGUUGUUCUCCAGUACCUAAGCUAUACGAAAACGCCAGUUGCCAGCUUGUAACAAAAAAUGCCAUCAAUGACAUUUUAGAGACACUUUUAUUGAGGUUGGCUGGCCGUCUAAAUCUUCUGAAUUCUAUCAAGAACGUGUCUGUAGAUCUGUCCGUACAAAGUUCUAAGUGGAUUGUUCUUCUUGUCAUGCAUGUGAAUAUGCAGCAACAAGCCUCUUUGAUGGAUUUUCUUCCUAGUUUGAUUUCAAAUGGUCCGAAAAGGUCUAAAGCAGUGUUGGCAAAAACAGGAUGAUUAAUGUCUGUCCUGUAGACCGGUAGCAGUCCCAUAUAUUGUUCACAGGCUCUCUUUCGCAUCAGUUUGCAAGGAAUGCAGGCUUAGCUUUGACAUGAUUUCUGGCUACAUCACGUAGACCAAUUACCCAAUACCACCGUCUGAUUUCUACCAUCAACCGCUUGUAUCCACAAUGCGCCAGCUUCUGGUGAUGGUGUCGUAGCAACAAUUUAACCAAGGGAUGACUAUUCCAUAAAAUGAUUGGGUUUCGAAGUGCGUGGGGUAGUCGACGGGCAUUUUCCAAUCUUCCUUUAGCUUUCCAGAUUCCAUCUUUGUCUACGAAGGGAAUUAUAUUUUGCAUUCUUUUCCCGGUCACGUCCAUUCCUGCCUGUGACAUCUUGAUCAGUCGUAUCUCAGCAUCGUGCAGCUCAGGAACAGAGAUUGGUCCCUUGAUUUUCUUCUGGAGGAUAUUCUUGAUAGCUCGUACUGCCAACGCAGUCACUCGUCUUGCUUUGCGAAAGGGAGAUGAUCCAGCUAGAAUUCUGUGAAGGACUUCUUGAGUAUCCUCGUUAUUACCAACAAACUGUCCAGUGACUAUUGGCUCGUUGUUUCAGAUUUCGUCAACGUUAAAUGCAUUGUUCACUCCUUCAGUUUCUGAAGUGUUGUUCUGAGUAAGUUGUAAUAAGUCAAUCUUGCAUUUAGAUUUGCUCUUUCUCUCUAGGUCAGGUUGGACUGAGUUGGGUACGGUACUCGAUCGUUUAAAGUCAGGCCAUUCGUUUUCUGGCUUCUGGAUAAAUCGAGGACCAUGACGCCAUAACUGGAGGUCUUCAGGUGUUAUCCCUCUGGUGAGUGCGUCCGCUGGAUUUGCUUCCGAGUUGAUGUAAUUCCAAACAGCAGUUGGUUGAUUCUCCUGAAUCUCAACGACUCGGACACUCACGAAUGGUUUGAAUUCUGCUUGCGAGCUUUUUAUCCAGGACAAGGCUGUAGUCUUCUUCUUCUUCAGUGGUGCAACCAAGGUUUUCGCUGCAACGAAUCUGGAAAUAAAUUUGCCGUCCACCAAUUCCCACCGAAGGAAGAGGAUUCCACCUUAUCCUAACUCUCCCGCAUCUGAGAAUCCAUGGAGCUGUGAGCUUCCCACCGAGUUUUCAGGCUUUAGGCACCUUUCCAGGUGGGUACCUAGAAGGGCGUUCAUAAUCUCGACAUUCUUUUGCCAUUUGAACUUUUCUUCAGGUGGCAAUAACUCAUCCCACUGAUAAUAACCCGCGGCCCAUAGAUUCUGGAGAUCAAUCCGAAACCGAAUUGUAACUGGCGCCAUCAGUCCUAGGGAACCCACAGUUGAGACACCACACCAAGAGCCUUUCGUUUCAUACAAUAACUGAGAUCUGUAUACACUGUCUCUCUCUUGAAAGCAAUGUUAACAGCUUUCUUGUUCAACUGAUGGCCCAGUAGACUCACCGGAUUCUCGUUACCAUCUUGAUCAAUCUCUGGGCUAUUGCUGUGCCAUGCCUUGAUGGCAUACUUGCCUUUGCCCAAAAUGGUAUCGAUACCAUCGACCACUUUCUUGACAUUCUCUGGUGAUGUCUCCGAACCCGCGACGUGAUCAACAUAAGUAUGCUCCUUUAGAAUUCUUGCUGCUUCUGGAAAUUCGACUUGAGCUCUAUCAGCGAGAAGAUUAAUGGCAUUGAUGGCAAGGUCUGGAGCUGGAUUAUCUCAAAAACUAAGGCGUACCCAUUGAUACACAUCAGGCUCUCUGUCAUUUCUCCGUCUCUCCAAAAGAAUCUGUGGUAUUUCUCCAGCCAAUCAACACAUCAAAUAAGGAAUUCAUAAGACAUGGUCCUUUGUCAAGAGCAUCAUUGAGGGAAAGUCCGUCCAUUUUGGCUGCUGCAUCGAAAACUAAUCUGCACUAGGUAGUCUUGUCGGGACUUUCCACUUCUCCAAUCGGUAGAUACCAAUCCGGCUACUCCGGGUCUACUUCCUCUUGUUGCAGCUUAAAUUAAUGACCACUUCUCUGUCGACCAAAGCUUUUACUUCCUUGUUAAACGCCUACAACUUUCCUUUCUUUACCAGCUGCCUUUCUUUCGACACCAUUCGUUCGAAGGCGACAGACCGGUUGUUAGGUAGAUUGGGAUGUCCUGGUUUCCAAGGCAUUCUUACUUAAAUUCUUCCAUCAUCCAAAACUCUAGUAGACUCCCGAACAUGUCGAAUGAAUGCAAAUUCUCGCAUUUCCUUCUCAGAGCAUGUACAGUAACGAGUUGGUUUGAUUCCUAAUUGAUCUUGGAAAAUCAAUUUCUUUAUGUCCUGGUCCUUUGUUAUGUCGUCAAUAGUUUCAACAGCAAAAAUUCCAUGUGUACCAUUCUCUUCAAAAUUACCAAGGACUGACCAGCCAAAGAUGUUCUUCUUUGCAAUCGGUUCAACAGCUUUACCCGCCAGAACUUGAAAAUCACGAUGUGCUUCCGGUAGAUCUGUUCCCAAUACAAUGUCCACUGGACCGCCAUUUAGAUGUAGAUCUUCUAGAAUUCGAACAAGGUGAGGAAAUCUGACUACCACUUUCUUUGAAACAGUUUUAGCUGCUUGGCACGGUUUCUUGACUGAAUAAGCUCUCACAUUGAAUAGAAUAUCUUCAUCAAAGCAGGGCGAUAUCUUUAAAUCAAACGCAGCAGAAUCUUCAACUCUAAUCCCACCGCCUGCAACAUACAUCUUCAUCUUUUUUAUUUCUCCGACCAAACCGAGCUUGUCCGCAAACUUUUCCGAAUGAGACUUUUAUUAGAACCACUAUCAACCAUGGCAAGUCCUUCAAUAGAGUUCCCAUUGUCACUGUUCACUUUGACUUUUUGAGUUGGUAGAUUUGCAGUUCCUGCAUUACCAGCUGAAAUAGCACCAACCUGAUUGGACUUUCCCGUGCCUGUAGCUCCCUCUUGAUCUGGUUUGAAUGGUUGUGCAUCAGGGUUCAGAUUGCCGUGGUCCACUUGUUUUGGAUCUUUAUGCAAUAGGUAAUGAUGUGGUCUUUCACAACUUUUGAUAUCACAUGUCGGUGUCCAGUUCGCAGACAUUUUUUACAUCUCUUGGACUGAAUCACCACUUCCCACUUUUCUUUCACUUUCAUCUUCUUAACCGCUGGACAAUAACCUAAACCAUGUUGUUGGGAACAACCCAAACUACAAUUGUAACCACCAUUGUAACCACCGUCCACAUUAACUGGAUAAAACCCACUUUUUGAAGAGCGUUGAUCCGAUUGACUACUUGUCAUUAUUUUUGCCUCUUCUUCUAGGUAUUCCAACAAGGUAUGCAGGCUUUCAAUCUUCUUUGUAUCAAUCAUACUCCGUGCGUAAGCUCUUUGAUCUUCUACCGUCAAGUUCGCCAGAAUAUCAGCAAACACAUAUCUACCUUUGGCUUCGUCAGAUGCUCUAACAUCCUCCAUUCUGAGAAUAAACCCACGAACUGUUGCGACCAAAUUCCGAAUCGACUUUGCAUCUUUGACCUUCAGGGGUUUCAUUGUUUUGAUAUCAUUCAUCAAAAUUUUAAUCAACUCUUUGCCGUUUCCAAAUAACUUGUCGAGAAAUUCCCAUAUUGCUUUAGUUGUAGUAAAACAUUCAAUUUCAUAUCUCAAGGGGGGGGGGGGCUUGGAUAGCUUCAAUCAAUCUUGCAAGUUGACUUCGUUCAAUUUCAUAAUUUCUCUUUAUAGUGUCCUCGAAAAUUCUUUUCCAUGUUCGAUAAUUUUUAAUGUUUCCAGAAAAUUGUGGUACCUUGAUUCCAGUGUUGUAAAGAGUCGAGUCAUUGACUCUGAUUCGAGUCAACUCGAGUCGAGUCGCUAUUUUCAGCGACUCGACUCAGUCCAAUACGAAAAAUAACUCGACUCGAGUCAACAGCCCCAAAUGACUUGACUCGGACUCGAUUUGCUGAUUUUGCCGUAAAUGACUCGAUUCAACUCAUCUACAACUUGUACAGAGUAAAUUCAUCACAAUUAUUGUGAUUGUAUUAUUUGGGAAGAACAACGAGCCCUGUAAACAAUGAGAACUUUGAAACUUUAUCAGGAAAUAUAUGGGAUUUGCAUAGAAUAUAUUCCAGACGGGCAUACCUAUAUUACAUUUCUGUUUUUAGAAACAACGCUAGUGCCACAGUUUUUUAAAAUUAAGUCUCAAAAUGUUUUGUACUUAUACUAAUUCUGACAGGCUAUUUUCAUUUUUGGUAUUUAUGAAGGGCUAUAUAAUUUCAAAUCAACUUACCCAGCGUUGUUAAUUAAAGUCUAUUCUUUGUUAAUUCUGACUCCAGUUGCAAGUUUUGCUAGUUGUAUGUACGUACACUCGAUCAGCAGGUAUAAUGAGACAUCUCACGUUGUUGACUGGAACUGUGAUAUUGGCACAGCCUAUAGCUGCCCAGAUACUGUUAUUAAUUUAAAUGACUAAAGUAAUUAGUUUAAAACGCAAAUUUGAUUACUAAUUUCCGACAGCAAGCUAGGGUAGCUCAAGUAAAGUCUAGAAAUUGACUCGACUCGACUUAAAUCAGUGACUCGACUUGACUCGAGUGAAGACGCUGACUCGACUCGACUCGAGUGAAGCCCCUGACUCGACUCGAUCAAAAACUGAAAUGACUCGACUCGACUCGUGACUCGACCUUUGAGUGACUCGACUCGACUCGUGACUCGACCUGUAGGUGACUCGUUACAACACUGCUUGAUUCUCUCCAGAUUAGACCUGUGUUGUUUGGGUUCCAUUUCAGUCGCUAGUCCCUUUGAUGUUUGAUCUACUUCACAUUUUCGUCCAUAUUGUUCUAACUUUGAGAGUAAAUCGCCAUAUUUUGCAAUGAUUUUCGUGAUAAAAAUAUCAUGAUUUGUAAAAUCGGCUUCCUCAAUGUCAGCUUCGACCAUUAAGUCGGUAAUUCCAUCAUGUAUUUCUCUUACAGCUUUAUAUUUUACCUUGACUUCGCCAAAAGCCUCUUCAAGACUAUGUAUUUCUGCGCGAGCUUCUAGCACAAAUUCGAAGUUUUUUACUUCGUCGUCGAACUUUUUCCUCGCCGAACUUCUCUUCCGAUUUAACUCUUCAAUUUUAACCAUCGUUGAUGCGAUCUUUAACACUCGGCGUCUUUGUUUUCUAGCGUGUCACUAGCUACUCGAACGCGUUCGGAAUUGUUAUUCAUCUGGCAUAUUUCGCCCAAAAUAACUUCCCAUUUCGCUCUAUUAAUCAAACUAUUUUGACUGCAAAAUAGUUGUUGUUCCCCUUUCCUCGAUCGUAUGAUUAAAAACAAACAAUGCGCGUGACCAAAAUUAACCUAAUUAAAUAUCAAAUAAUUAGCAUAUAUUAUGCAGUUCUAUUAAAGUGUCAAAACACAAUGCAUAUUUUCAGCGUUCGAAGAAUCAAAAUGUUUGUUAAUUAAAGAAAUGCGCCCGCAAUAUUUAGACAGCUACAACAGAAUGCCCAGCUGUUAUUUGAGAUAUAAAAAAGGGUUUAAAUGUCUUUAAUGCAGGUUUUUGUAGGCUUUCUGAUGAUGCAAGUCAUUUUUGUUGUAAUUGAACACAAAAUUUCAGAUUUUCUUGCUGUAAUAUAUUUUAAUAGAGGAUAAUCGCUGAUUAUGAUCACUCAUUUUCCUAGCAUUUCUUAACAUUUCUAAAAUACCGCCUGCUGGGUUUGGCAGUGUAAUUUGAUAACCGCCCACUUUUUGUACUUGUCCAAUUAGCCAAUCAGCAAACACUAAAUAUAUUUUUAAAUAUGCUGGAAGUGCGACCAGCAUUGAACAUAAUGAUUUUUGAGACGUUCUCUGGUUGAAGAUUUUUUUUAUUUACGAGCUUUCGGUUGCCAGACUGCAGCCUUCAUAACUACCCGUUGAAGGCUGCAGUCUGCCAACCGAAAGCUCGUAAAUAAAAAAAAAAUCUUCAACCAGAGAACGUCUCAAAAAUCAUUACUAAAUAUAUUAUUAACAAUCAAACUUUCAAACUAUGUUAUUCUUUGUUCGCAAAAUUGCAAACAUAAAAUAUCGCGAAAGAAACGCCAUUCAAAGUUCCAAUCAGGACCUCUGAUUCACGACAAGAGGUAGAAAAGCAAGCGCGGAAAUGUAAUGACCACCGUCGUCUGUGUAUAAGUGUACUUUGAAACUAAAACACGGAGCAAUAGAGAAAAUAUCUUAUAUACCGUCGGAGAAUUUAUUUAUUAAGUCAAGCAAAGGAAACGAUUACGACAGUGGCAAAACCUUGGCCGAAUUGUGUUCAGUUCAUUUAGGAAUCGAAGUUAGUUCUACCUCGUAACUAUUCGACCGAGUUUGUAAACCGUGUGAGCGAAAGAUCCGAAAGGCAAACGAACUGAUUGCCUGAAAUCAAACGAGACAUAAACGCGUUGCCUGUAUACGUAUCGAACAAAUAGACUGUUGUAAAACGUCAGUUGCCAAUAACUGCCUCGUCUACCGAACGAAGCCGUGUGAUAAAGAAGGCCUUAAUAAAAAGUUCAGAAAGUGAAACGGCUAAUUGCAAGAAAGACUAUAUGGCCAUUUUUUGUUUUAUAAUAUUCUCGUUAUAUUUUUUUCGCGCUAACAGGCAACAAGAAAAAUGUAAAAAUCAAGCUUUUCCCAUAACCAGUACGCAGGUAGAACGGCCAAAACAUUCUUUUCAAGGAGUAAAUCUUUAACUGCUAUUUCUUGCUCGCGUGUGAGAUUUGAAAAUCAGUUCGCGUUUCGACUUUCGAGAACGGUCAGUUUUACAACAGCUAAGCAAAUUAAUAUUAUGUUACGUAUUAAAGAAACCUCUUCUGCUUCGCCUUCCAUGCCGUCUAUGCUAAUAUACUUUCAAAGCGUCAUUCAAAGCGAGCCUAGGCGAGCCAUCAUUCCGAGCUUUGGGUUCCAAUGUAUCUGGAAGUGAUUACAAAUUAUUUACGAGUUAAAGGAUAAUUUAGUUAAAAGGGGUUAUUUAGUUAAAAGGGGAUAUGACUCAUAUUUCGUAGAGAGCCAAUUUAGCAGGGUGAAGAGGAUUAGUAGGACCAGUUUGUUUACGCGUAAAGAUAGCCCUGAAACAAAAAAAUAGGAAUUGUUUCGUGCUCGAUUAUCACCCAGCUUUAAGUGCUCUCUACGGAAUAUUUAGGGAGUUACAACAAAUCGUAAGUUUGACCUGAUAUCUUUUUAAGCGUAAUGCCAGAACCACCUAUGAUAAGUUUCCGUAGAUGUAAAAAUCUUAAAGAUCGUCUAGUUCGAUCGAAGCUGUAUAAGGAAAAAUAUGCAGUCGUGGGUAUUUUAAAGUAUGGUAACAAAUGUAAAAACGUUGUGUAAAGCCCGACUAGGUACACUUCUCAGGUACAGGUAAAUACAGGUAAAUGUCAGUCCCUUAGUAUAAACACGGCUUAUGUAGAUACCUGCACAUUUAGAAAUACUGUUCAGCAUAGCAACACCAUCGCUCACCCCCUCCCACACCAUAAACGGUGUUAUGUCUUUGGCAAGCAACAUUUUGUGCACGUUUUCGACGAAACAACAUUGAACAGGGGGCGUGUUGGUUCAAUUAUCAUGUAAACUAGCACUAUUUUGCUAUUCUGUCUUAAGUGUUUUGUCAUGCACUGGUUGUAAUUUACCCCUAAAUUUGGCUCUUAUGCUUUUCAGCGACGUUUACAUGCGAUGUUCAUUUUGAGAAGAUUGGUUGUUAUAAAGAUUACGAGCAGGACAACGAACAUGUCCUGUCAGCACGUGUCCCAGGCGCCAGUAAUUACGUGGGACAACCUAUUGAUUGGUGGAACUACGAUGUUUUUCUUCCAAUGUUUGCCUGUGAAUGUGCUAAGAAGACCGUCGAAAAUGGAUAUAACACAUUUGGACUGCAGUAUUACGGUACCUUGAAUGCAUUCAACCAUAUUUACAAACUCAUCAGACCAUAUUCUUUUGUAUUUCGUCGGUUUUUAACUCCUCCGUAAUAACCUUCAAUCUAAAAGCAGGCGGUGGUAUUUGAUUUCUCCGGGGGAAAUACGGGGUUGAAGGUUAUUACGGAAAAAUAAUAACAGGGUAGCAGGUUAUUACGGAAAAAUAAUAACCGGGUAGCAGGUUAUUACGGAAAAAUAAUAACCUGCUAGUCUGCUACCAGGUUAUUGUUUUUCCGUAAUAACCUGCUACCAGGUUAUUAUUAUUCCGUAAUAACCUGAUACCCGGUUAUUACGAAAAAAUAAUAACCAGUUACCUGGUUUUACAUUUUCAAUUCAAGACCUGGCAUGAGUCUUGAAGUCGGGACUUGAAUUUGCAGGAAAACUCAAGACCCACAUCUCCUUUUCGACUAGAAAACGUUGCACGUCUUCUAAGUCGAGAAAACGUUGCACGUCUUCUAAGUCGAGAAAGAGACAACAGCCGUGUACCUCAGAAGCCCGUCAAAACUCUACCAUUAGGUAAGAGUAUCUAUCAUUCGGCGCACGAGGACUAGUUGGAUCAACCAUCACCCAUCAAACAUGCUUGUGCAGGGAAUUUAUAUAGUAAUAUCUGCUCUUUUGCUUGUGGGACGUGAAAUGAUAUACAGCGCAUGCUUAACCACAUUUUAAAGCGUGUUAAUGCGCAUGUUACACCUAGUUAUUUCGUCCCACAACUGCAGCGACCUCUCAUUGAAUUAAUACAGCUUGAAUUUUUAAUGAAGAAAACCUUCAAAAGAAUAUGGUCUGAUGAGUAUAUAAACAAGUUAAAAGCCGCGGGUAUCGGUUUUUAAUAAAAACCUCUCCCUUGGCUUUUAAUCUACAUAUCACUGUCUCCUUCGGGAAGCAGCACACUAAUAAAUCUUUGCGGUAUCUAGUCACCUCUUACGAACACUGUAAAAGGCAUGUCUGUUUGAUGUUUAUUUGUAUGAAAUGUGCAUGCGCACGACAGACAGUUAAAUGUUUCCUCAUUGGGCGCAAACAAAUCAAUAACUGUAAAUAUUAACCAAUCACAUUUUUACAUGCAGAAAUUAGGCGACGUUUAGUUACUGUACGAAAGCUCAGUGUUCCUGUAAAUUAUCAUUCUAUGUUCGUUGACCGACUACCACGCAUGCUUACUUUCCCCAUGGACUUAGACAUGACUCUUUUAGCGAGUGCAUGUUCAUUGUGUAUUGCAAUUAAUGACAAGGCAGUAAUUUUUUAGCUCUACCGUGUUUAUGCAUACGUUGCAGCUCUCCUUUAAGAUUCGGUACAUAAUAGGUUUCAUCCUAUCAGUGUGAAAAUAAUAAAAAACCUUUUAUUUGCACAGGUGAAUGCUGGACAGGACAGAAAUUUGAAGAGAAACAUUACAUUGCGCAGGGUGAAACUACUAACUGUAUCAACCAAUGUUACCAGAGCUGCACAAAGUGGAAUCGAUUCUGUAUUGGAAGAAAUUUCGUAAACACAGUUUACCGCAUUAGUGAGUAAAAACCUUUUUGCGUUGGUUUUGAAAGGCAUUCUUAUAAUGAGUUUUUAUAACGACGAUAAUCCUCCAUGCAGACGGGUUUCCAUAUGAUCGUUACUAUACUGUUUCAAGUCAUAUAAUAGAACGAUAAUUGGUUUGAAAUUGUUGCGUUUACUAUCUUUCUGACUUGCCAGCAAUCAGUCUUCAUUGAUUGUUGAAAUAUAUCAACAUUCAAUGACGCCGAUCACCUUAAUUUGUUGAUCACAGUUACGACUAUAGAGGAAAACCAUCAUUUUGAAAAUUAGAACCAGGAAAUACCAUUUCGUGCGAAUUGGGCAUUCAAUUGUGCGCACGAGUUUGACUUGGAGGAGGGUCAAAACCUUCACAAAUUUACCAUAGUUUAGCCAAAACUCGUGAUUGAUGACGAUUUUAUGAAGUAUCACGCAUUAAUACAUCCUCUUUAUACAUUUGUAUUGCGUAUAUCAUCAACGGUCAUCUUCAAAUCUACGAUGUACAUCUAUAUAUAUAUAAAUAUAUAUAUAUAUAUAUAUAUAUAUAUAUAUAUAUAUAUAUAUAUAUAUAUAUAUAUAUAUAUAUAUAUAUAUAUAUAUAUAUAUAUAUAUAUAUAUAUAUAAUAUUUGAUUUCGUUGGUUAUAAAAACUUUUGGCAAAGUGCUCAAUGGAAAACCAGAGCAUAUUUAAAUUAAGGUACAACAAAUCAACAAAAUCCACUGGGCAUCUUUAUUACUAAAUAGUUUCGUACCACAGUAUGUGGCACUCUUCAGAUAAAUUGACCUAAUAUUAGUUCGAUAAAUUGACCUAUAUUAUAUAUAUAUAUAUAUAUAUAUAUAUAUAUAUAUAUAUAUAUAUAUAUAUAUAUAUAUAUAUAUAUAUAUAUAUAUAUAUAUAUAUAUAUGUAUAUAUAUAUAAAUAAAUAUGUGUGGGAAUUGAAAAAUCGAAACAUCCAUUAUACAAUCAAAUGGAAACUAUUGAAACGAGCUAAGCCUUAUAACUGUGCUUCAAAUAGAUGUAAUUUGUGUUUAUGGGAGAAAUACUUUAUUAUUUGUCAGCCUAAAAUGGCCACUUUAAACAAACGUAAUGAGUUAGUACAUUUAAAUAUACCGCGGUGUGUUAAUCUUUCCGCGUCCUGUCAGCUUAUCACAUAAGCUUAUCACAUAAGUCUCAUCCACUUGUACAUAUAACCUUGUAAGUUUUAGUCUAUACUCAUUAGGUCAAUUUAUCUGAAGAGUGCCACACUGUGGUACGAAACUAUUUAGUAAUAAAGAUGCCUAGUGGAUUUUGUUGAUUUGUUGUACCUUAAUUUAUAUAUAUAUAUAUAUAUAUAUAUAUAUAUAUAUAUAUAUAUAUAUAUAUAUAUAUAUAAAAGAGUGCUCAAUACUACAAAUAUUGAGCAGAGCGAAUUAAUUUGUUAUCUUAAAAUGUUUCAAUUUCUCGCUACUUUAAGUUUCAUGUCACUAUUUGUGACAAUCAUCAGGUGGUAUAUAUAUAUAUAUAUAUAUAUAUAUAUAUAUAUAUAUAUAUAUAUAUAUAUAUAUAUAUAUAUAUAUAUAUAUAUAUAUAUAUAUAUAUGUGAAGUAAAGAUCUCAGUUAACCAGGUCUCUAGUUAACAUCGCAUUGCUGUCUGAAUCCCUAUAGUAUAGUGGUAAAACAACCAAACCGGCAAUCGGGAGACACGGGUUCGAUUCCCGUUGGGAGUUCAGAUAUUUUCUGAAUACAAGCUUGAGCAACAAUCUUUACUUCACAUAUAUCCAAGCUUACAACAUGUACUAGACUUAGUAUAUGAACACACAAACACAAAUAUAUAUAUAUAUAUAUAUAUAUAUAUAUAUAUAUAUAUAUAUAUAUAUAUAUAUAUAUAUAUAUAUAUAUAUACAUGCAUUUUUAUAUGAUGUAUAAACAUCAUACGAACAAAUUAAAUACCUAUAUAUCAUUUACACAAUUAAAAGGGAUUAUGUUGCACACAAGGUAAAAAACUCAUUGAGCGCCAAAGAAUUAUAUUGCCCCUGUGAGGUGAACACACGAUAAAAAGUUCUCUAUAAAUUGAUUAGAGACGCCUGCUACGAAAAUCGCGUUUGAAAGUAUUGAAAGCCGAAUAUUACAGUUCCGUUUUUGAAUAAAAAAACGAACUAUUGCUGUUUAUUGUGCAGAAAUUAAUGCAGAAUCGAACAGUGUUUCUGAAUUUGCAUGUAUUUAUUAUAAGUGAGGAUUUUAGUCAUGCGGAUGGAGAAUGACAUGACCAAACCACUCUAAACGGCCAUACUGUGCAUGCAUGCAUGCAAGCGGCAAGUAUCCAAUGAGAAUCCAUGUGUUUCCAGCAUAAAAUAAUAACGCUAGUCAUACUCUUCGGAAAAAGCAUGAAUAAGAAUUAAUAUAACACGUGUAUAUGAAGAGCACAGUUGCUUGGUAACAGGCCAGUAAUGGAAGGAAAAUUUUGUUGGGUUUUUUUAUUGUUGUUUUCCUUUUCCUUAAAAAAGUCGGGAAGCCGAAGAUUUUGAACUAUUUAACAAAUGUAAAUGGGAGCCAUGUGCCGUAUCUUGGCGCAACUACGUAAGAGCAUACUGUUUGCAAGAAGACUAUAAGUAUAAUGCUUAUUUUAAUAUUUUUUUAAUAAUUGGCCGGUUACAACCAGCAUGACUGCCAAGACAGCUAGUUUUGCCACUAUCAACGAUAGCCUUUUGAAAUCGAGUCGCUGAAACACACGACAUUUUGAGAGCACGUUUUGCUUAAGAAUGGGAAGGUGACAAUUUGUGAAAUUCCAGAAUUCAAUGGAACACAUUAAUCCUGUGAAAUAAGAUAUCAAUUUUGAAUGAGUAUAUCCACUGGUUGCUCAAAAAUAAUCACUUCAUCCAAAUCAUUCGAUAUUCAUCUAAUAUGAUCGUUGGGGCCAACCAGAAGACCUAAUUUACAUAUAUAUAUAUAUAUAUAUAUAUAUAUAUAUAUAUAUAUAUAUAUAUAUAUAUAUAUAUAUAUAUAUAUAUAUAUAUAUAUAUAUAUAUAUAUAUAUAUAUAUAUAUAUAUUUGCAGGGUGUAUCAAAAUAAACGCAAUUCAUAUUUUGUGCUUAAUAACUUUCGAAAUACUAUUUCUAGUUAAACGCUUUUAGGUUUACUUCAAAGCCUGUUCUUUUCUCUUUCAAACAAACUAUUAUCCUUGUCUCCAAUGCUAGUAAUAAUUGCACAAGAAAAGAUUUAGUAAAACCUAUCAUUUUUAGUUGCUGUUUAGUUAUGCAAGUUUACUAUGUUAUUGUUUAUAGUCAGUUUAAAUGUUAGAAUUUUCUUCUUUAAACUUUAAUGUUGUCGUCACUACAUCUGGAAAACCACGUAAGAACAAAUUAAAAGUAUUUUAAAAGAGACCAGGUUGUUUGAAAAUCUUAAACGAAUGCUAAAAAUCGUCAAAACACUCUGGUGUCUGAGCCAGAGUGUCAUCGAAUUGCGAUGUAAUGUAAACAGAAAUAAUAGCAAGUUGAUGUCAGUCAGCUUGGAUGGUCCAAGCCAAAAUUAUAUCGCAUUUGAAGUUUAAAACUGUGUUAAAAAUAGUGGAAGAAAAGCCGUAAUUAUACUUAUUGUUACAAUCCAUUUAAUAAAAUGCAACAUUUUUUUGUUUUAAUGAAAAAAUCAGUUAUUUUCAUGAUUUGUUAUUCCAUCUCAAUUUUUUUAAUCUCCAAUCGCAAUAACGUAAAGUAUUAUUAGCCGCGAACCAAUGAGUCAAAUUUAAGAAACAACCCACUGUUAGAAAGCCGAAUGGCUACGCUUUAAAAUGAAUGUAAACUUUAACGUUUUCGUCUAUUAUGUGUUUAGCAAUUUACAUUUCAGUCGAGGAUUGCGCUUUUUUUGAUACACCCUGUAUAGCCUGUUGAGUUGGGUUACUGCUUUAGGGAGAGGGAUAAUAUAAUUGGUGUAAUUUAUUUAGAAAUACGCCAAUUUUUCCUACUGGAGAAGAGCAAACUAAAUUUAAACGCUGUUCCCAAUUUCAAAAAAAUAUUCUCUUAUACACUUGUUAAUUUGAACCCCAACCCUUCCACCCCCGAGUUUAUGCGUGGGUUUUAACAUUUGUCAAGUGUUAAUAUCCCCCCCUGAAAAUAUUCUUCAAAUGAAAUAUUACCCGGUUAGCCGGACAGGAAAAAUCCAGGAUUUCCCUUUUUCAUCCAAUGUACGUUUAAGAUGUAUUUCAAAUGUUGCACAACAAUCAACACUUGAUUGUUAAUUAACAAAUUUUUACACUCGUAUCGGAAAAAGUUGCGCAUGCACUUCUGUCUGUGCAACUGUUUUUCAUUUUUGUAUUAUUACAUUUUUGGUAGGUUGCCAAUUACAUUAUACUAAAAAUAAUGUAUCGCCUAAAAUUGUAGUGCUUGAGGAUUGUGAAUAAGCAUCACCUAAUUCACUAAAUUAAAUAAAUCGGUAAUUAAAUUCGGUUUUCCACGAGAGAAGGAAGUUACAUUAGGCUAUAUAGCAGGCGCGUCGAGACUACCUUGUGAAUUUAUUUCCCACAAAAUCAUUGCUUACGUUGAUUUAUUGUCUUCUUUGGUCCGUAGACUCUUAUAUGCUACAGAAGCUUUGAAAGGGUUUCUGAAAUUGAUAAUCAACGAAAUUUUAGUACUGAAAUGACAAAUUGAAAAAUUAUCUGAGUCCAGAAUGCGAGUUCAUGAAAUGUCCGGUAUUAUGCCCGGUUUAUAACGAUUCUAGUAUAUCAAAUUACAUUAGUUUAAAUAUAUUAUAAAUUUGAUUCAUUUUAGCUCACCCUGACUGUGAAGUGAAAUAUGUAAGCUUGGGCUGUUACAAGGCGGUUGACGACAACAACAACAAUAUGGCAAUGCCGGAGCUUUUGAUUAAUGAAAUAUCCCCAGCCAGUGACAAAUUUUAUGGCUAUAUGUUGGAGUUUGAUGAAUCCUGGGAGACGAUGUACUCACAAUUGUUAUGUCGUUGUGCACGAGCCACUGAAGAUAAAGGAUACGCGAACUUCGCCAUUCGAAAUAAAGGUAAUAUAUUUAUCUUGAGCAUUUUUGGAGAAGGCAUGGUUAUAUGUUACUUAUAUAAAUACAAUGCCUUCGUGUUCAAGGGAAUUGCGUCUGAUAUUAUAUAUUUUCUUUAUAAAAGGUUUUUAUAUCAAUUCUUUACAAAAAUAAAUUGAAAAAUAGUCGCGUGCGUUCGUCUGUAUAUUUUCGAGCGGUAGCUAGUUUUGGGCUAAACCUAGUUCAACUGUUCAAAUUUGAUAAGUUAAUAAGAUAUUUCAGACAAUUCCUUCUCAUUUAUAUACUGUUUCACAUAUCAAUUUAUAUUGUCUCUCCAUUUUUGUAAGUUCUACUGUUUUUCAAGCUCUUUGUUUCCGACUAAUUUUUGAAUUUCAUCCAUUGAAAAGAUAAUUGAAUACAUACAAAACAGCUCAACGAAGACAUUUCCAAUGCAUUCCUUAGAUUUCUGUGCAAACAGGUUACAGCUGGAAUGUUUGGGGCUCCGUCCAAUAACAGGUUCCACGAAAAGCAGUGCAAGUACCUGCCAAUAACAAACAGUUUUUCUGCGAACUCGAUGAGUAUAUGAGCUGAUAGCCGACGUGGUGCCUAGCAGUGAGUUCGCUAUCAGUCGUAUAUAUCACUAGAGUGAGUAGAACAACUGUUUUUUUAUACGGGCAACUAUAGCAUUUACAGAUUCUUCAGGAUGAAAAUAUUUGACAGCUAAUUUGGCAAUCCACACAGUUUGGUCUAUACCCGAGGAAACACGGCUGAAAACUGAAUUUUUCAAUCAUCGGCACUUCAAACAUUGCUAAAAUUUGUUAUCUAAUUUAUUGAUAAAAUUUGAUCAAAAUUAUUUAAGAUUUUUAGACAAACAAGUGCUUGUUGAUUUAACUUGUAUAAAAUGUUCCUGACUUUAAAUUUGUCAAAAAGAUUUAUUUUGUGCUGAUAUACAUAUACUAUAUCGGCGUUAUUCUUUUUCAAAAACAUAUGUUUUAAUUAACCUUAUAAAAUUUUAAGUUUUAUUUCCUAAUAGCAUACCUGCAAAAGUUGCUGGUAGUUUUUUUACUGUGUGUUUAACCCUAUGUUCAGGCUAUAAAAGCGAAUAGCUUGCUGUUUUCUCGUUCGCGAAACUCCGUUAGGUUGUGCAUGAGCGGCCAUUUUGUUUUCAGUCUGUACUAUAUAUCAGGAAAUGAGCUAAUAUCCUGUUAGUUGCAUGAGAGCCAAUCAUGUUGCAGAAAAGCUUAUAUCCGUAAAAAAGAUAUCUAUAUAACAACUAGAAAUAUUCGUAGGUGUUUGGCCAACGAGAAAACGAGAACAAGGAACAGUGAAUAAUAUUUCGACGUAUUGCGUACAGAAAAUCGUCUUUUUGAAUCCGGUAUUCUUGAUCCCACCUCUCAUAUGUUAAAAUUAAUAGGUACUGAACGUCGGAGAUCAUAUUGACGUUUAUUAAAAACGUAGACAGUGUCUUAUUUUGUGUAUCUAAUCAUUGGAGUUUAAUUAGUUUUAGAUGAGUGAUAUUUUUUCUAAUCUUUCAUCAUAGGCGAAUGUUGGAGUGGACCAAGUUCUGGUCAGUCGUAUAGUCUAUAUGGCCAAAGUGACAACUGUAUCCGUAAUGAAACUGAUCCAUGUGUGGACAACAUCAAAUGCGCUGGAGAUGAAAAUAGUAUCAAUGUAUACAAGUUAUUGGGAAAUACUAUUCACGUGCUCGGAAAAAAAUAGAUAGGUCUACAAUAAUUCAGCGAAAUUUGAAAAAUUUCUAAUCACGCUUUAAUAUUCUAUCUGAACUUUCUUUAUUGUAUUGCUUUACUAUAUGUUGGUAAUUUACAACCCCCCGCUUGAAUUACUAUUAAUAUAAAACAUUACAUAACUAGAUAUAGACAUGCAAGAAAUAAACAGUUAUAAAUAAAAUGUUCGAAAAGUUAAUUCUGGAUGUGUUCCUUCCAUAGUUCG